UCGCCCAUAUGUUGUGUGCAAAGACUGCGAAUAGAGGCUUAAAUCUGUGCGAGAGGAGAAGUAUGGGAAGAGUCCAGCGAGACAUCUGGUGAUGGCCGCCAUGUAAAAUCAUGGGAUUUUUCUGGUGGGAUUUAUCCAUUGCUGUUAUGAUUAUUUGGCUCUUACGCUCAUAUGAUGUUUAUGUGUGCAUAAGCGGGGACGGUUCCAAUUCCACUCACAACAGCACGGGUUUAAGGAAGGAAGGCCUAAAUAGUGGGGAUUAUUCUCUCUCUCUCUUUCUCUCUCUCUCUCUCUCUCUCUCUCUUACCCUAUUUUUCAGCAUCAAAUGCUCUCCCUCUCAUUUAGUCCCUGUUGCUGUGAUGACCACAGGCAUGAGCACAGCAGGCGUUCAUCGAGGCUUCCUCAAGAAAUAUGGGGGCUUCAUGUUUAAGCAGUGGAAGGAGAAAUACAUUGUGCUGACCCUGGAGGGAAGCCUGUUGGUGUGCCGCGAUGCAGAGUCCCCUCCAGACCAGUUGGUGGCGUUACAAACCAACUGCGAGUCGAUUGUAGAGGGACGAGAAAUCCUCGACCUGCCCAAGUUGCCUCCAGGGGGCAGGAGGGACUGCUGCUUCGCCCUCAUCCUGCCACAGAACAAGUUCCUGCUGCUCCUCACUGAAAACCCAGAUGACUGCAAUAUGUGGCUGAACUUGAUCAGGAAAGUGAGAGAGGGUGUCAUGUCACCCCAGACACUUCAGAGACAGCGCAGCAUCACUCCCUGCAUCACCGACAGAGACCCCCUGCCCGACUCCUCCAGUGAUAAAGACCCCGGGUCACCCAGGGUUGGCGAGGGCACCCCUCCUUUUGUUCGAGUCCCUGAGCGGGGAGGCUCCUUAAGAGAGAGAAGCCACAGCAUAGGUCCGCUAUCAGGCAGUGGACCACGGCGGCCCCUGCGCAGCGUCUCUGUGGUCCCUCCUCAUCGCGUGUCAGAUUGUCUUCGCCAUGGCAACAGCAGCGAUGCCCGGGCAGUGAGGGCGGUGUGCCUGCUGAUGGGAGGGGCAGCGGCCUCCUCCGCUCUGGGCUACCUCACCUCCUGCCCCCCUUCCUCUCCCCUCGCCACCAGAGCCCCGGAGAUCGCCCACGGCACAGGGGGCUUCUCCGAGCUCCCCGCCGGAGGCUCCUUCCACGCCUGCAGCCAGGACGUGGACUCCCCUCACUUCAACAGCUUCGACUUCGAAGGAGACUCCGACUUUGAUGCAUUUGACUGUGGAGGAUUUGCUUUUUAGAAAGAGAGGGACCUUUUCUUCUCAUCAAAACCCUUGUGUUGGUUUUCCUUUAUAAUAUAAGGGCAUUAAUUAAUCACUCGUUUGUUAUCUAUGCGUCGAAUUUAUAAAUUAAUGAAGGUGUUCUUCCUGGCGUUAUGCCCAUGCUCCUCAGGUAAAUCAUUCAUGGUCUUGACUCCUCUGAACACUGUCUGUCUGUGUUGUAUCAGUCUUUCCAUGCCACAGGAUGACUUGAGGUUAACUGAGUGAGCGGCGUAAUGAUUCCAGACAGCCACACGGACGUUUUAGUCUUUUCACAGUUGUGUUUCUCCACUGCUUGUCUCAUUGCUGUGUUCAUUUUAUACUUUUUUUUAUCUGACCUCCGUGAACAUUUCCUCCUCAUCCACAUUCUCUCCAUUUCAUUGACGCUUUGCUCCCUUUGCCCUGCUUUCAGGAAUCACUCCCAUUAACCCACAUCUGCACAUAUCCUACAUGAAAUGCAGUCCAAAGGUGAGCUCUAAAUAAAUCCUGCUGUCACCAUGAA